CCCGCCAGCGAAAGCACUGUCCAUCAUCAAGAUCUCUGUUACCUGACGCCAUGACUUCAGCAGCAAAAGAGUCGAGCAUCCAUGUCUCGAUCGUGACUAGUUGUGCAGCUGUGGUGCCCUACUCUCAAAGUGUUGGUUGUUCCACAAACCCUAGGCCUUUGCCUCCGGGGAAAUUCUUGCUGCACUCAAGAGAGAAUGUCUUGCCCUUCAAGCGUCCUGCAGGUUCCGAGGAACUGAUCAGCAAGAUUAAGCCGCCCUUGAAGAAGAAGAAGCCGGCAGCAAACAAUGAGGGGCCUAUGUGGAAACCGGCUCGAAAGAUUGCUUUCUUAAGAGGUAAUGGCCGAGCCGUAGGAGAUAAUCAGGUGUCGACUGAUCUGGUUCUCUACUCUUGCCCAUGGAAGAUCAAGAAGAAGCUGGAAAAAAGUGACCUGGGUGGGCUGUCGAGGUUGCUCCUCCCGAAAUCCGACGUCAAGAAGCACAUUCUUCCCCUCAUGAGCGACAAGUGGGUUGCUAAAAUCGGCAGUGACAGUGGGAUGGGCGUGACCAUGUGGGACAGGGACACGGAAUCUGAGCAUCCGGUGGUGUUGAAGUACUGGUGGUCUUCUGGGUGUUUCGUUCUCAAUGGCCAUUGGAUUGACAUGUUCGUGACUCGGAGGAGGCUCAAGGUCGGUGAUGAGAUAGGAUUCUUCUGGAGCCAUUAUGAUUGGAAGUUCUAUUUCACGGUCCUCGAACGAGGUCAGGAGGGAGCAGAGCAACAUUAGAAGUGAUCAAUUGAAAUUACUAUGGAAAAAUUCUGGCGGAGCUAUGCAUAUGUCGCAGUCUUGUGCUAGCUU